CGUGGUCGUCUCGGGCAUGGCGAGCCCUCCGUGCGCGGCGCUGGCGGAGCUGCUGGGCGAGACGCUGGUGGCGGCGGACGGCUCGGCGGUGGCCACGGCCUCGCUGGCGGCGCGGGGCGUCUCGCUGCUGGGGCUCUACUUCGGCUACUGCGGCGGCGGCGGGCCGGGCGCUCAGCUGGCCGCCAGCCUGGCCGCCUUUUACGCGCGCUUCCAGCCGCCCAGCGCAGCCGGAGCGGCGGAGCAGCAGCCUCAGCAGCGCCUGGAGAUCGUCUUCGUGUCCGCCGAGCAGGACCAGCCGCGCUGGCAGGAGGCCACGAGGGCCAUGCCCUGGCUGGCGCUGCCCUUCGCCGACAAGCGCCGCAAGUUGAAACUCUGGAACAAGUUCCGAGUCUCCAACAUUCCCUCGCUGAUAUUUAUAGAUGCCACCACUGGGAAGGUUGUGUGCCAGAACGGCCUCUUGGUAAUCCGAGAUGACCCUGAAGGUCUGGAGUUCCCGUGGGGUCCCCGCCCUUUCCAAGAGGUCAUCGCAGGUCCCUUGGUCCAAAAUAAAGGCCAGUCUCAGGACAGCAGCACCCUGGAAGGCUCCUACGUUGGCGUUUACUUCUCUGCACACUGGUGCCCCCCCUGCAGAAGCCUCACCCGUGUCUUGGUGGAAUCUUAUCGGAAAAUCAAGGACGUGGGACAGAAAUUCGAGAUCGUCUUCGUUAGUGCAGACAGGUCGGAGGACUCUUUCAAGCAGUAUUUCAGUGAGAUGCCCUGGUUGGCGGUCCCGUAUGCUGACGAAGCCAGGCGUUCUCGUCUGAACCGCCUCUACGGCAUCCAAGGUAUCCCAACUCUCAUCAUCCUGGAUCCCAAGGGCGAGGUGAUUACGCGGCAAGGCCGGGUAGAAGUCCUGAACGACCUGGAUUGCCGGGAGUUCCCCUGGCACCCCAAGCCUGUCCUGGAGCUGACGGAGGCCAACGCUGUGCACCUGAAUGAGGGCCCGUGCCUUGUUCUUUUUGUGGAUUCUGAUGACGACGGAGAGUCCGAAGCGGCCAAGCAGCUCAUCCAGCCCAUUGCUGAGAAAAUAAUUGCCAAAUACAGAGCCAAAGACGAGGAGGCCCCGCUGCUGUUCUUUGUGGCUGGAGAGGACAACAUGACCGACUCCCUGCGGGAUUACACCAACCUCCCCGAAGCGGCCCCGCUCCUCACCAUCCUGGAUAUGUCUGCCCGGGCCAAGUACGUGAUGGACGUGGAGGAGAUCACCCCCGACAUCGUGGAAGCCUUUGUGAAUGACUUUCUACUGGACAAGCUGAAACCAGAGCCCAUCUGAAGCACCAGGGGGGGGGAAGGGCAAGGCAGGAGAAGGCCUGCUCCGCCCCCCAACCCCGCUUGGACCCGGUUUUAAAAGAGCAGGCUUUCCUCACCGGCCCUGUGCAGCGCCUGGUGGCAGACUUCCUCGGGGUGCCUUGCUUUAAGUCUCCUCUUCCUUCGCGAUUCUUCUUCAGAGGUGCUGUUUCCAAGCAGGGGGGCACUGAGGGGGCAGAGGGGGCUGCUGCUUGGGGAGGGGGAGCCAACAGAGCCUGGGGGGGGGGGGACGCAAACCAAAAGCAACAGCUGUUUAGGAGAGGGCUUAGCUAGCUGGUCCAAAUGGGCUGUUUCCCAAUUUCAGCUCUGGGGGUGUGUACGUUGUGCUGGGUUAUGUCUGGGGGCUUCCUACUCCUCCGUCUGCAUUCAGAAAACCUUCGCAAACGAAGCAAUAAACAAAAUAACUUAU